AUGCUUUGCAGCUGCGGGGAUCAUUGUCCCAGCAUGGCAGCAGCCAAGAAUUUCCUUGUCAACAGCUGUAUCGAGAAUUCCAAGCAGGCCGUACUCUGCACUGAGGGUGCGGAUGCUGCCUUCGCAGGGCAUGCCUUGGAUGGGACCUUUGAUGUGGCCAUUUGCUCGGUGCUGCAGCGCAUCUUUAGUCAGUUGGGUUUCCUGGGAAACAGCAGCGGCUCCACGGGAAUCUUCGGCGCCGACGGCGUCUUCGGCUCGGAGCUGGAGCACACGUUGUGGAGGCGCGAGAGGGGACUGAGACGCGAUGCCGAAAGGAAGAGCCAGGCCCAGGCGCGCCACUAUUCCAUGGACGCGGAGGUCGCCAACAACACAGACGCUCAAGGUCUGAAUAUCGGAACUGUCAUCAUCACCCAUGGGGAUGCCAACAACAUCUCAGUGUCCAAUGACCAUUCGGUAGAUUCUUCGAGUGGCAACCGUGACAAUACGGUGGAAACGGGGUCCAACAAUGAGGUUCCUUUCAACAAUGGCAACAGAGUUUCGGUGGGCAGCGACAACACGGUUCCGAUUGGGAGCGGCAACGUGGUCCCGAUCGGCAGCGGCAAUGUGAUUCCGAUUGGCAGUGGCAAUGUGAUUGUUCCGAUUUGGAGCGGCAACGUGGUUGGCAACGGAAAUUUGGUCGUUGUCCCUGUUGGUAGCGGCAAUGAUGUAAGCGUUCCAGUUGGAAGUGGCAACCAGGUCAUUGUUCCAGUUGGAAGUGGCAACCAGGUGAUUGUGCCUGUGGGCAGUGGCAAUGUCGUUGUCAUCCCGCUGGGGAGCAACAAUACUAUCAACAUUGUCAGUGCCAAUGCCAGCAAUACAAGUUCCAGGUGAGCGUGUGAGACGGUGCCAAUGAUACCGGUGCUCCUUUAGAACGAAUUCAAGCACGUGUAGUUCGAUCACUGAGCUGGACGCGCAAAUUAUUUGACAAAAAAAUCAUGUGAAA